GGCAUUUCAUAUAAAUGUAGGUACAUAUUUACAUAUGUACCUUCAUUGAUGUUCAUAGGUAUGAACACAAAAAUUAAGCUUCGUCCUCUCAGUUUAGUUUAAAACGUCGCGGUGUUCUCAGGUCUGAUCUACAUAUAUAAAUCAAAACAGUUCUAAAUCGUUGUUGACACUUACGAGGGUAAUCACGCAUAUAAGUACAAUGACAUCUCAACUGAAAAUUAUCGCCAUAUGCUUAGUGUUUUUUUGGAUAAACACAACUCAAUCUAAGACGGGAAUAGAUGUCGAAGUAUUAUUAGAUAAAAUUUUUAAUUCUACCAUCAAAAAUCCGGUAGUGGAUGAAUAUCCAGAACCAAUUGGAAAGAUUUGUGGACUCGGUAAAGAAUGUGUUCAGCGCACGCUUUGCAAGGCCGAUGGUACCGUUAAAAUAUUUGGCGAAGAUAUGCUCAACAUUCGUAUCGACCAUGAAAAUCCCUGUAGUUAUUUGGAAACUUGCUGCAACGUACUCGGAAAGUUGACGCAACCACCGCCAGAUAUAGUGCCAGACGUACAAGAAAAUGGUUGUGGCACACGCAACUCGAAUGGUGUAUUUUUCAAAAUAUCUGGCGCUCAAGAUGGUGAAGCCGAAUUUGCUGAAUUUCCCUGGAUGGUCGCUAUUUACACACUCGAGAACACUUUUAAGAUUUACAAAUGCGGGGGUGCAGUAAUCGCACCAAAUGUUGUGCUAACUGCUGCGCAUUGUGUCUGGAAUCAAGAAGCGACUACAUUGAUAGCACGCGCCGGUGAAUGGGAUACGCAGACCAAUCAAGAGCCGCAGCUACAUCAAGAUGUCCAUGUGAAAGAAAUCAUCAGUCAUGAGGGCUUCAAUCCCAGCACAAUCGCCAAUGAUAUCGCACUCUUAAUACUGGAGAUACCCUAUAUCUGGGCGCCGAACGUGCAACCCAUUUGCUUACCUACGGCUGAAAAAACGUUUGAUCACUCACGUUGCAUUGCCGCCGGCUGGGGUAAAGACAAAUUCGGUAAAGGUGGACUUUUUCAGGUAAUUUUGAAAAAAAUAGAAUUGCCCAUCGUACCGCACGACACCUGUCAAGCCAAUCUACGCCGCACUCGCCUGAGUCGCUUCUUUCAAUUGGACAAGAGUUUUAUUUGCGCCGGCGGCGAAAAGGGCAAGGACACUUGCAAAGGCGACGGUGGCUCACCGCUGGUAUGCCCGGAUCCACAGCAACCCGAUCGUUACUAUCAAGCUGGUAUUGUAUCGUGGGGUGUGGGCUGUGGCGAAGAAAAUAUUCCAGGCGUCUACGCGAACGUGCCAUACCUACGCGGUUGGAUCAAUGAGAAGCUGAGGGCGAGAGGAGUUGAUUUUAAGCAUUUUACUGCAUGACAUAUUUUUUCGGAGGCCUUGCUGCUUGUUUUAUUAGCGUGAGCUUUUAUUUAUUCUUAGAUGUGCUUUUAUUUCAAUAAAUACAAACAUAUCUUCAUUUAAAGGCUUUUUCAA